AUGAACAACAAUGCUGUUGGUGGAGAAAUGACCCUCUGUGGAACCGAUCCUGCCCAUUACAAGGGCUCCAUCGCAUGGGAGCCACUAGUUUCUGAAGAUUACUGGCGAAUCAAAUUGGGAGGCGUCACAAUUUCCGGAACAUCAUAUACCAAUGGUCCCGUAGAUGCUAUUGUUGACACUGGAACAUCACUUCUUACCGGACCAACUGACAUCAUCAAGAAGAUCCAAAAGAAAAUUGGAGCUAUCCCGAUUUUGGGUGGUGAAUACGAGAUGGAAUGCAGCCGUAUCCCUAACCUUCCACCAAUUACCUUUACCCUCGGUGGCCAGGAUUUCGUACUUCAAGGAACCGAUUAUAUUCUUCAGGUGACUCAGAAUGGACAAACUACGUGCAUCUCUGGUUUCAUGGGACUCGAUGUCCCAGCUCCUGCAGGUCCAUUGUGGAUUCUUGGUGAUGUUUUCAUCGGCAAAUUCUAUUCGGUCUUCGACAGCGGAAACAAGCGUGUUGGAUUUGCUCAAGCAGCUAGCGUGCCUUCUUCUUAA